UUUGACAAAGAGCAAAGAACACAAACCUAUUGUAGAUGGUGGUUUACCCAAAUUUAUUUAUAUAGCACAGUUAAAACAAAAAAAUAAUAAAUAAGGCACCAAAACAAGUGCAGAGUAUCUGUAUAAAAAGCUAAGGAAUACAGUAUUAAUAGGGUUUAGAGGCGGGUUUAAAAAAUAGGUAGUGAGACAUCAACUGAAAGAUUAGCUGGUGACCCACACUCACUCAUAUGUAAGGAUGCCAUGAGUAAACCAGUCUCGCUGCCUUAUAAAGCACCAGAACAGCCUUAAGAAGCACUCAGCAGCAGUGUGGAUGCAAGAAAUGCAGUACACAAGAAACAAGUAUUUUUAAUUUCAGAGAGCCGCUGGAUUAAGAUCCCGAAACAUAUACGCGUCCUACUUUUUGUCCCGGCUGUAGUUGUUUCACAAGUACUGAGUCAUCUGCAAGUCGAUUUCCCAUUCUUGCAGCCAUCUGCAACACAAGACCGUCAAUGCUCAAUGCUGAUUCCUCCUUUCGCUCCAAGCAGGAGCUCCUUGACCUUCCUGGCCUCCCUCUGAGCAGGGGUCCCUCUCUGGAUACCCCCAGCCCUGCGGACCCUCACAUAGACAGCCUCGUAGACACAGGACCCCGACGCACUGAUGGCCCCGAUCGACCACGCAUUUUCACCGGAGCCUCCAUCUUUCCGGGACAGAUUUAUAGGGCGCAAACGACCCCUUGCGCAGAGUCACAGAUUACAUUAAAUCGAACCCCCACAGACUCGGAUCAGCUUUGCGGCUGGGGGGCUCUGACGCCCAAAGCGUUCCAAGUCUUCAACACUCCCCGUUGGGUUUUGUUUUUCCUGUGCGUGGCCUCUUUCCUCCAGGGGAUGAUCAUCAAUGGCUUCAUCAACACAGUGGUGACAACCGUUGAGCGGCGUUUCGACCUGCGGAGCUACGAAGCGGGGCUCAUCGCCAGCUCCUACGACAUAGCGGCAUGCGUUUGCCUGGCCUUCGUCAGCUACUUUGGCGGGACGGGCCACAAGCCUCGCUGGCUCGGUUGGGGGGUGCUUCUCAUGGCACUGGGUUCUCUCGUCUUCGCCUUGCCUCACUUCACCACGCCACCUUACCAGGUCAGUCUCUCCAAGCAAACGGGAUUGUGCUCUGCCAACCGGACUAGCCCUUGCCAGGACCGAGAGGGUGGGGGAUUGUCCAGCUAUCGGUUUGUGUUCAUGCUGGGUCAAUUUCUCCACGGUGUGGGGGCUACACCCCUUUACACGCUCGGAGUCACGUAUCUGGACGAGAACGUCAAAUCGAGCUACGGGCCUGUUUACACCGGGAUCUUUUAUACCGCAGCCAUUGUGGGUCCAGCAGCAGGUUAUCUGCUCGGGGGCUACUUCCUCAACAUUUACACUGAAAUCCACCUCACGACAGAGAUGACUCCAGAGAACCCUCUGUGGGUCGGUGCUUGGUGGAUUGGCUUCCUCGUCGGAGGAGCAGCGGCUCUGUUGGUGGCAUUUCCCAUCCUGGCCUACCCAAGACAGCUGCCAGGUUCUCAGGAGCACAAGGCCAUGCGGGUGUCCGAGACCCACCAGCUAAAAGAUGGCAGUCACUCCACAGCUGCGGACCCUCAGUUUGGCAAAUCAGUCAAAGACAUGCCAAGAUCUGUACUGCUCCUCCUAAAGAAUCCCACCUUCUUGUGUUUGUGCUUGGCUGGUGCUACAGAGGCCACCCUCAUUGCUGGCAUGUCGACAUUUGGUCCAAAGUUCUUGGAGUCUCAGUUCAGUCUCAGUGCAUCCGAAGCUGCCACAUGGUUUGGCUUCAUGGUGGUUCCUGCAGGAGGGGGGGGCACCUUCCUGGGGGGCUAUAUCGUAAAGAAAUUGAACCUCCGCUGCCGAGGCAUCAUUCGCUUCUGCAUGUUCAGCGCCAUCGUCAGUCUGCUGGGCAUCUUCAUCUUUCUCAUCCACUGCCCCAAUGUGCCCAUGGCCGGCAUUACCGCUCCGUACCAGUCUGUUGUCAAGAGCCCGGAGGACCAGUUCAAACAGCUUUAUGACCAGCCUAAUCAUCUGGGUCCAGGAAACGGCAGCUCCUCUGUAACGGAGGGCUUGACGGUGGGCUGCAAUACGGGCUGCGGCUGUGUCCGGGAGCUGUACAACCCUGUUUGUGCUGCUAAUAACGUCAUGUAUUACUCCCCCUGCCAUGCUGGCUGCACCUCCAUCAACCACACGGAGGACUCCACGGGCAAAAAGCUAUGCCAGCAACACAUCGUGACAGGCAGAACCAAUAAAUGCUCUUCCACUAAAGGGCAGAAAAUAAAUGUGUACUCUGGAUGCAGCUGCGUGCUGGUGGCAGCGAAUGCCUCCUCGGACCACGAUGGGUUCGCCAUGGCGGGAAAGUGUGCCAGCACGUGCCACCACAUGCCGGCCUUCCUCUCGUUCGUCUUCAUCAUCAUCUUCUUCACCUUCCUCUGUAGCAUCCCGGCGCUCACUGCCACACUCAGGUGUGUGCCAGACAGCCAGAGAUCUUUUGGCCUCGGCAUCCAGUGGAUUGUGGUGCGCACAUUUGGCGGUAUUCCUGGACCCAUCGCAUUUGGCUCCAUGAUUGACAUUUCCUGCUUACUGUGGCAGGAUCAGUGUGGAGAGCAGGGCUCCUGCUACCUCUAUCAGAACUCAGCCAUGAGCCGAUACACGCUACUUUCUGGCGUCCUUUAUAAGUUUUUGGGGGCAAUCUUCUUCCUGCUGGCCAGCAUCUUGUACCAGCCUCCUCCACAGUCGCCGCAAAGCAGCCACGAAAGCAGUGACCAAGAAACCUGCAAUAAGAGCGACUUUCCCGUGAAAGACGUGGAUGAAGACGGUGUCAUCGUCAACCCGCAUGCCAGAUUUUGACUUUGAAGUCUUGGUUUAAGUGGCCGGUGCUUCUUGCAGCCGUAGGGAGAUUGUUUACCAGCACUCAAGCCAAACUUCCUCUCAGUUCUUCCUCAAUUUGACAUUUAUGCAUCACCUUCAAAUGGGUGACCAACUAAAGAGAAAUGAAGUAAUUCUUUUUAUUUGAGGAUGUAAAGCAUGAGGAGUACAUGUUCCAUUGUGCUUCCAUCCAUAUGAUAUGUAAGCGUUUGGAAGAGUGGAUGAUCGCAGUAGCCCAAGCAAUACAAUCAAAUCGGAAAAGCACAUUUAUACUUUUGAUAUGGAUUUGAACACGUGGAGACAAACUUGACAACCAUUCGCUGGAUUUUCUUUGAAUCAUCAAGCACUACUGUUCUCAUUUCAGUUCAUCAUUUGGUUUGAUUUGCCCUGUUCAGCAGAUUGAAGAAGUAAAAGUCGCUCGUGAAUUUCUCCUUGAAGCCCAACAAACUACAGUAGCUGCACCUUCCGAAAAUAUUUGGAGGAUUCUAAUGAAGCUCCUUGCUGUUUCUGAGGAGAGAACUGCAACAGAAAUGUGCCAAAGCAGCUUUCUACUUUUUCACUGCUGUAAUGUAUGCAAAUGUGCUACACUUUUUGUAUCACAUUGUUUAAUGUUGCUUUCAUUCCCCUCCAUCUGUUGUUGACACCAAAUAUGGUCUUAUUAUGGAUGACGUGACUACUGUAUGUUGCCAGUGUUGUACUUACAGCGAGCUGUACUUUUCAGAAUUUUUUAUUUUUUUCUUUAAAGGUAUCUGACACUGACUGAAUAUAUUUUUAUGUGCUGGUUCAAAGAUAUAAAGUAUUUAUAAAUAAAGCUUCAGAUAAAA